UUUAACGAGUCUCUAUUUUGCGCGCUUGAAAUUUAAAUACUAUCGAUGAAAGGUAUUUGUUUACCUGUGUUUCAAAUAUAUGUUUAGUUUUCAAAGUCAUAGAAUUUAUAAAUAAUGCAGUGUCAAAUCAGUGGUAUCGAAGUAUUAUUUCCUUGCCAACCUUAUCCUGUGCAAGAAGAUUAUAUGAAAAAAGUGAUUGAAUGCUUACAAAAGCGCGUUAAUGGAAUACUUGAGAGCCCCACAGGCACUGGUAAAACUCUGAGUUUACUAUGUUCAUCCCUGGCAUGGUUAGAAAGUUACAAAGCUCAACAACAGCUUUCACUCAUUCAGCAUUCGCACAAUAGCAGCCCUGGGAUUUUUAAUGAUAUCAAAGCUGCUUUGGAAGGAUUGGUAGGCAAUUGGGAUUCUGGAUCCAAUUUUAUGGCACCACGAAUCAUCUACAGUUCCCGAACUCAUUCUCAGUUGUCACAAGCUAUUCAAGAGUUAAAAAGAAGUAAUUAUAAGCAUGUCAAAUCAAUAGCUUUGGGAUCUCGUGAUCAGUUAUGUUUACACCCAGAAGUAUCAAAAGCAGCCAAUCACACUGCUAAAGUAUACAUGUGCCGUGCAAAGAUUAGCAGUAAAGCAUGCCCAUUUUAUCUGAAUUAUGAAGAAAAGAUUGCAUCAAAGUCAGAUUAUCAAGAUUCUUCAGUUCUGGACAUUGAAGACUUAAUGAGCCUGGGAAAGAAAAAUAUGGUCUGCCCAUAUUAUGCUGCUAGGCACCUUAAAUCAAGAGCAGAUAUGAUAUUUACUCCUUACAAUUACAUAAUUGAUCCUAAAAGCAGAAGGGCACAUGGAAUUGAAUUACAAGGAAACAUUGUGAUCUUUGAUGAAGCACACAAUAUAGAAGGAGCCUGUGAAGAAAGCAUGUCAUUUCAACUUCGAUCAUAUGAUCUUGCUUUGGCUAUAACAGAGAUUACUCAGACCAUGGAGAUGAUUAAAGAUUUUGAUGAAAAAUUCUCUAGUUCUGAUACUGGUGCUCCAGAUUUUACUUUAACUGAUCUCUCUAUUUUGAAAGUAAUGUUCUGUGAGCUGGAAGAAGUAAUGGAUAAAGAAGCUUCUGAAAUCUCCGUAAAAGAUGGUUCAAGGCCUGGUGAUUAUAUGAUUGAGAUUCUUUCAAAAGUGGAAUUAACCGCUCAAAAGAAGGACAUUGUUUUGGAUCUUUUAGACAAAGUGAUCUUGUACCAUUCGACAAAGUCUGAUAAUCCAUGGACCUCAAAAGGUACUGGGUUGCAAAAAUUCUCUGAUUUGCUUAGUGUUUUGUUUUCACGAACUUCAGGUGCAGCACAUAGUGAACUUGAAUUCAAAAGAGAAUUUGCAACCAAAUAUAAAAUUUUUCUUCAACAUGAAAACCCACUUAAAUCACAAUCUUCUACUGAUCCAUGGGCAGUGCCUGCUGCUGGUUUAAAGCGAAAACCAAGCUGGAAGAUGGACUGUUGGUGUUUCUCGCCUGAACUUGGAAUGAGAGACAUUGUAGAUCGUGGAGUGCAUAGCAUUAUACUGACCAGUGGUACUCUGUCUCCUUUGGGGCCUUUAAUUAAUGAAUUAGGAGUGAGUUUUCCUGUUACUCUAGAAAAUCCUCAUAUUAUCAAAGACAAUCAAGUUUUUGUUGGUGUUGUGACCUGUGGUCCAGAUGGUACACCUCUAAAUUCAUCUUAUCAAAAUAGAUCUAAUGAAAAAUAUAUCAGCUCUUUGGGACGCACUAUUUGCAAUUUCUGCAGGAUGGUCCCUGAUGGCCUUUUGGUAUUCUUUCCAUCCUAUUCAGUAAUGAAAUCAAAUGUUGCAUCUUGGGAAGAAAGUGGUAUCUGGCAAAACUUAUCUGGUUUGAAGCCAUUAUUUAUGGAGCCUCAGGGUAAAGAUGCAUUUCAAGAGAGCAUUGAAAAAUAUUAUUCUAUCAUCAAAGACCCUGAUUCAAAGGGAGCAACAUUAUUAGCUGUAUGCCGAGGGAAAGUUAGUGAAGGACUAGAUUUUGCUGAUGAAAAUGCUCGUGCUGUAGUCAUUACAGGUUUACCAUUUCCUCCGUCUAUGGAUCCCAGAGUUAAAAUGAAAAUGAACUAUCUAAAUGCUAUAGCCAAGGAAAAGAAGGGUCUGUAUGGCAAUGAUUGGUACGUCCUGCAAGCUUCAAGAGCUGUGAAUCAAGCUAUCGGUCGAGUUAUUCGACAUAAAGAUGAUUUUGGUGCCAUUCUUUUAUGUGAUAAUAGGUUUAAGGAUAAACGAAUUCAGUCUCAGUUGUCUAAAUGGAUUCAGGGUCGAAUAAAUGUUUUUGAUUCUUUUGGGCCUGCUCUAAAAAGUUUAACUUGUUUCUUUAAAGGAUUAGAUCAACUUCCAAGAAGAUCAAAACCUGUAUUAGGAGGAUUUCAAAUAGGUUCAAGUACUUUCAAUACAAAGUAUACUAAUGGAGAAUCUCAAGUCCUUCCAAGAUCUGACAAAUCAUUAGAACCAAAAGAGGAUAUACUUGAUUGUUAUAAACCUUCAGAUGCAUCAGGAGCUUCUACUUCUGGCUUGAAUAAGUCAAGCAGUAUAUUUGAUGCUAUGGAAGAUGAAAGUGAGAUAAGUUCUGCACAAGCUUAUAAACCUAGUCCAUUGGCAAGAUAUAGUACAUCUUGUUAUGUGAAUAAUGAUACUAAUCCUGUCUCAUCAUCGAAUGAGAAACCAAAAGAUUCGAAACGCAGAAAAAUAGCUGUUACUCUUAGGCAAGCUAUUCAACCAGAAGAUAAAAAAAAUUCUACAGAAAUGUGGAAAAGUUACCUGUUAGAGGUGAAAACAUUACUGGGUGUGACUGAACAAUAUGGGAAAUUCUGUACCUCAGUAAAAGAAUUCAAGACUACAAAAAAUGUUGAAAAUUUUGCAGUAUCACUAAAGAAAGUAUUCUCUGCAAUUCCCAACAAAACAAAAUUCAUUCAAACUGCUUCAUUAUUAGUGAAUGCACAAGACAGAGAUAAAUUUCUAGCCUUGUCUUCUUGAUACUGAGCUUUGAAUAUUUCAUUUUUAUGCAUUGCUAAGUGGUGAUAAUUUUGUGAUGAAGAAAUUAUUUGAAGUUGAAAGCUUAUUUGAAUCUUUAAAAAGCUAAGCAAGAUAUUUUCUAUAUUCAACUUCAUUCAUUAUUUGUGGCUGGUACACAAUUAAUAUGUAA